AUGUUAGAAGCACUGUUCAGAGAUUCUGUGGAAGAAGCGGUUAAUGACUCCAUUAAGCAGGGUGUCGCCAUGGCAGUUUACAGCACGAAAGGGGAUGAUCAUUGGUUGGAGAGUUGGUUUAAGGAGGAUGAUGUAGCAUUAGAUGUUUUAGCAGAACACAGUAUCUGGCUAAAGCUGGUGAAAGGUAGCGAGCAGUUUAAACUUUUUGAGCAGGUGUUUCCCAAUGUGGUGUUGCCCAGCGUUUAUUUGAUACGCGCAGGAAAGAUAGAACUGAUCAUUCAAGGUGAAGAUGAUCGACAUUUGGAAAGGUUGUUGGCAUGUUUGGGCAUCAAAGACAGAAAUUCUAGCGAGGCUUUGCCCAACGAAAUUAAUUCAGGUCUAGUAAAGAAGGCAAGUUCAUCCAGAAAAGCCUCUAAGAAAAACGCAAGGGAAAGAAUUGCAGAGACGACCUUAGAAAUCCAACGUCGGGAGCAACUGAAACAGAAGAAGCUAGCUGAAGAAGAAAGAGAAAGAAUCAUAAAGCUUGUUAGAGCAGAUCGUGCAGAAAGAAGGGCUCUCGAUGAAACACAUCACCGGACUCUCGAUGAUGCUAAGCCGCUGGAUGUUCAUGAUAAUAUAAAAGAUAUACAAAAAUUACAUAGCAGUACAUGCGUGCUGCAAAUCAGGAUGACCGAUGGUAAGACUUUGAAAAAUGAGUUUGGUUCAUCAGAAACGCUGAACGAGGUUAGAAAAUGGGUGGAUCUUAACAGGACUGAUGGAAACGGUCCGUAUUCAUUCCAUAGGAGCAUUCCUAGAGUGACAUUCAAAGAUUCCGAUGAGCUCAAGACACUAGAAACAUUGGAAUUGACUCCCAGAUCAGCCUUGUUGCUCAAACCAUUGGACACCCCACAUUCUAAGCUAAAGGUAACCGAGAUGGAGGGACCAGGUAUUCUGGGCCGCCUUUAUAAAGGAUUUUCCACGUGGUGGGGUGGACAUGAAUACUCCGUAAGUACAUCGCAGCAUGAGGGAUCAUCUGGUCUCAAACAUUCUGAAACGACAACAUCAACGUCUUCAUUCAGGACUACUCCCCAAGAUCGUCUUCAACAUGAAAACUUCCGGGAGCCUGUCCAAUCCUCGAUCUAUGCAUCUCCUCUGUUAACGCCCAGUGGAACGAGGUUCCCUUCCGAAACGAACCUAACUACAUCUCGAUCUGUUUCCCCAAACGUUUUUCAAUUUGUUAACAAUGAUCGUCAAGAUGAUCCUGAAGACCCAACGACCUUCAAUGGUAAUAAUGUUAAUUUAGAAAAAAAAAAGGACGAAGAUAAAGACAAAUGA